GUUCUCAAGAUCCAGCUUUCCGUGUGGUUCAGCCCGAACCGCUCCCAUCCACAACUCCUGACCAGAACGAACCGAACCAUCCGUUACCCACACAGACAGACGCGGCCCAACAGAAUCCUAACCAGGCCUUCGCAGUACCGAGCCUCCGCGUCAGAAGGAGCAGAUUCGAGAGAGCGCUCCGACGCAGAGCGGACCUGCGCGGGUAUCUGUCGACAAGAAGAAGAAGAAGAAAUCAUUAGUCCAGCGUCGAUGAAUUGAGGAGCCACUGUCUUCAAACCAUCCUGCAUUUAACUGAACUUUGCAUAAGAUUGUUUGAGCAAUAAAAUAGAUGAAAAAUGUCUAGUUUGUCAAAUAAUACAGUUCAUACUGAAAUAAAUUAUUUUCACGAGUUAGAACAGGCUUUGCAAAAUCUUAUUCAACAGAACUCUCCGUCAACCUCAGAAGCUAAUGACAUUUCAGUUCUAAGUCAAUCAUUACAAAAUGAUUUAAACAGCACUGAGCAGAAUUCACCUCCUGGUUCACCAGAUCAUAUACUGUAGAAUCUCUAAUGCAAGCAUUGCAUGACGAAAUUGCACGACAACUGUCUGAUCAGGAUCGCUUCAAAUCUCUUCAAAUUCACAGCACAAAUUUGGACCAGACUCCAAUCGGUUUACUUGUUAACGAUUUAAAUAAUUCAUUAUCUGAACUUAGAAACGCUACCGCUUCAGAUGCUGCUGCUGAUGAUGAAUACACUCAAAAUAACACACCUGACACCACGCAAUCAACGCACUCUGAUUCAUUCAGUAUUUUAGAUGAUGUGUUUUUAACGUUACGAACCGCGCGCUCCCCAGAACAAGACCCAGUCUCCUCUCCCGAGGCUGCUUUAUUAAACUCUGCUCCUCACAGCCACAGCGCAAUCCAGCACGGUGCGGGGAUUAGCGCUCAUUCACCUCCCUCCUCCUCCUCCUCCUCUCCCACCCCCGGACCUUCACACGCUCCUUCGCCACCCUCCUCUCCAGGACCUUCAUCCAGUCCAGAUCAAAAUGAAAUAUCUCGCGAAAGAUUUAAUAAUUAUGAAAUCACGAGACGACUCUUCAUUCCCCCGUCUUACGAGCCCCUGAGCCUGGCCGAUUUUUACACUCAAGUCAUGAAUAUUUUGUCAGAAUUGGCUGACUGAACCGCUUCGUUAACAGAGUGGGGUGAUUUUGUUCAGCUGGAGCUUUCAGGACACGGCUCGGCGCAUCACACUGCUUUCGCUGUAGGAGGAGGAGAUGAGCGUGAAAUUUCUGAACAUUUCACUGAUUUUCUCGAUGAAUUAAUCCAAUCAAAUGCGCAAAUUGAAGCCGACGGAACGUUAGAAUUUACCGUUCAAAUUGUCAGAAACCAGAGAGGUGGGUCAAAACGUAAACUCAACAGGACUCUGGAUGUUGAACUUUUACAUAAAAAAGACAGCAUCUUUAUUUCGUUGAAAAUCAGGAAAAUAACACGUUUUUCCCUCGGUUUAGCCCACAUGUCCAACCCCACGUUCACAGACUCGCAGGCUUUACAAACCGCUUUACAAUGGCACGCACAGCUCGGGUUCUCAGUUCACGCACCUUGGCAUUAUCAGACGUAAUUAAAUUUGAACAUUUGAUAAAAAGGAAAAUUGUUGUUUUUUACAGACCUUCCCCAGACGCAUCGUUGACUAUAUUUGAAACAGACUUCUCAGACCGCAGCAGACCGGUUUUCCUGUUUUUAAUGAAUGAACAUUUUUACGGGGUGAAAAAUAUAAAAUGUUUCCUAGGUGUGAAAAACUUUUGCUAUUUCUGCUUCACAUCUUUUGAAAACCAGCACACGCAUCAGUGCAAAGGUUUUUGCGGGGUGUGUAAUCACACCUCGUGUGUUCUGCGCGAAGCAGAACCUGUUAAAUGUGAGCAGUGUCACAGAAUUUGUCGCAAUGCAACCUGCUUUCAGAAUCAUUUGAUCCCCAUAGAAAGACCCACUGUUAAGAAAUUUGUCAGUCAGUGUCAGCUUUACAAACAUUGUCACGUUUGUAAUCAGAUUUACCGAAUCCCUUUAACUGGGCGGUAUGCCCAAAGUCACAAAUGCGCUUCUCGAAAAUGCUCAAUCUGCUCUGAAAAGAGCAGGAUGUGAUGUAAUUCGCGGCAAUCAUUCGUGUUACAUUCAGCCCACCUCGCGUGAUAAAGAUCUCCACAAUAAAAUAAUAUUUUACGAUUUUGAAACCUUUCUGAAUUCAGAAAAGGUACACGUCCCGCUUCUGGUGUGCACAAAGAGCUUGUCAGGGUCCGUUUGGUGUUUGUACGAGCUGGACUGCAUGAGAGACUUUCUGUUAAAUUUUCGAAGGCCUCUGUACACCGGUUACACAUUUAUUGCACACAACGCACGUGGUUUUGAUUCAUACAUCAUACUCAGUUGCAUGACAGAGCUCGGUAUAAUGCCGAGCAUAAUUAUGCAAGGUUCGAAGGUUCUGUGCUUCACAGAUCCUGAUUACAAUUUGAGAUUUCAGGACAGUCUAUCUUUCCUGACGAUGAGACUGAGCGCUUUUCCUCAAGCGCUGGGUUUCCCCGACUGUUCAAAAGGUUAUUUUCCACACACAUUCUCCUCUCUCGAGCAUUUAAAUUACAUAGGAACAUUUCCGGCCGCGUCCUAUUAUGAAGUGGAUAAAAUGCCUCCAGCCCAGGUUGAAAAGUUCAACGCUUGGUACGCUGAAGCCAGUCAGAAAACAUUCCAUUUUGAAAAAGAGUCCAUAUUUUAUUGUAAAAAUGAUGUGGACAUUCUGAUGAAAGGCUGUUUUAAAUUUAGACAGCAGUUUUUUGACGAAACCGGCGUGGAUCCGUUCAAGCAAAUAACAAUACCGUCCGCCUGCAUCAGAGUUUAUCAGAGCUACUUUCUGAAGCCUAACACUCUUGCUAUUCCUAGCCCCAUGGACUACAUGCCUCAUAAAACGUUUUCUAACGCAUCCAUUCAGUGGCUGGAGUGGAUUGCGUACAGUAGAAAAAUACAUAUUGCUCACGCGCUUAACGCUGGAGAGAAAAAAGUGGGAAGUACUUUGUGGAUGGUUUUGCGCAGGUGGCUGAGGUGCACACGGCCUUUGAAUUCCUGGGGUGUUUUUUCCACGGGUGUCCAAAAUGUUUUGCACCUCAGUCCGAGUGUCCGUUAAGACGCGUUCCGUGCGAAACGAUCUACGAAGCCACGAACGAGAAACUGUGCGCUUUAAAAAACGAUCACAAAUUAAAUGUGGAAGUAAUCUGGGAACACGAGUGGGAAAAUAUGAAAAAAUCAGACCCCACACUAGGUCAGUUCCUACAGAAUUACAAUGCGCCCGAACCGUUACGUCCUCGCGACGCUUUACUGUAUAUGGGGGAUGCACCUGCGCGGUCUGGCUGCUUUUCAGCGCACAGCUUGACGAAACGGUGGAAUACAUGGACUUCUGUUCACUGUAUCCCAGUGUGAACGCUGAGGGGGUUUAUCCGAUAGGACACCCUAAAAUAAUCUACAGAGAUUUUGAUGAACCUGAAAACUAUUUCGGGUUCAUCAGAGCGACGGUAGAGCCACCGAGAAAAUUGUUUUUCCCGGUCCUCCCAUUUAAAACCUCGCGCGGCAAGCUGGUGUUCACUCUCUGUCGAACUUGCGCCGAGACAAACAAUCAGCGCACAUCCUGUUUCCACAGCCAGCAGGACAGAGCGCUCACAGGUGUCUGGACAACAGUGGAGUUUAACGCCUCCCUGGCUGCUGGCUACAGAGUGUUAAAGACUACACAGGUCUGGCAUUUUGAGCAAAAGAGUGACAAACUCUUUAUCAAUUAUAUUAAUCGAUUUCUGAAAAACAAACAAGAAAGCAGCGGAUUCCCCCCGGAAGUAACGGACGAGGAGGGUAAACAGAAAUACAUUCACGAUUAUUUCACGCACCAGGGCAUUCAGCUGGGCCAUGAAAAAAUUCAACAGAACCCGGCGAGAAGGCAUAUUGCAAAAUUAUGUUUAAAUAGCUUCUGGGGAAAGUUUGCACAAAGGAGCAAUCAGACACAGACCACCAUUGUGAAAGAACCCGAUCAGCUGUUUGACUUUCUGUUUUCAGGAAAACAUAAAGUCUCCUAUUUUCACUUUCUCAACACCGAAGC